AUUACCAAGGUGAAGUUCAGAUAUUACAACUGCAUCAACAUGAAUACUGAGAGAUUAAACAGGUUAAACAUGCUGGUGUUCAAGCAAGCCAACAUAAGAAAGAUGCAGGACGCUAUAAAAAGCCUGUUUGAUAUCUUCCAUGAUAUACUAGAGAAAGAUUUUGAUUAUGGUGCAUACUUUUGUGCUAAAGAAGUACUUGAUAGGUUACAGAGUGUGGACCAGAAAUACUGGAAAGAUAUCCGUAAUCUGUAUCUACAUGAUGAAUAUUAUGGGUAUAGUGAUGGAAACUUCUCAGACGAUGAAAUGAACAAUCCUGCCAAGUUAAUGAUGGAUAUGUUAUCGGUGCUGUGUAAAUGUAAAGAUGGAGUGAUGGAGAAAGUUGAGCAAAAAACCCAAGAAAUGCAGCAGUUGGAAGCUAGACAUGAUGAAAUGAGAAAUAAAACAACAGAUUUGUAUCAACAGUUACUUGAUGAGAAGAGGGAGAAUGCUGAUAGAAAGAUGGAAUUUGCUAAGUUACAGGGAAAAGUUAACUUAAUGGAAAAAAUGGUGGAAGAGAAAACAAAUAAAAUUACAGAGCUUUUGAAAGACAAAACUGUGCAAUUAUCUGCAAAAGAAAAGGAGAAAUUGUUAGAAAAUGCAAAUAAAAAGAUUGAAGAAUUAGAGGAAGAAAUAAUGGAGAUGAAAGCCAGUAAACAGAGAGCAACUAGAAGGAUGUCGUGCAUAGAUGAUCAAAACAAGAUUUUAAAAUUGAAACAGGAAAGGACAAGCUAUGGAGAGGAUUGUGUGGAUGGUGACUUAGGAGGUUCAGAUGAGGUACAACAAUUAAAACGAGAAGUAUAUGUUAAAGAUAAGGAUAUAGCUCAUUUAGAGGAUCAGUUUUACUCAGAACAAAAAGUAGUUUUAGGUAUAAUUGGUGGAAUCAGAACCGAUGUCAAUAUUUUGAGUGAAAAGUUUUACAUAGAAGAAGAACAUAUCAGGGAUCCUGAUUUCGUUAAAUUGACAAAAUAUAUAGACAAGAUAUAUAAUAGUGCUGCUGAAGGAAGGCUUGCUAUCAUAAAGAACAUGCUACCACCACAUUAUACAUACUAUGACAAGGAACUAAAAGUAAGAAAAUUAAGAAGAUUGUCUAAAGCAGCAUCAGUACCCCAUAUGAUACCUACAGAGAUUAGGACACCACUACCUACUAUUGGUGCUGCAUUGGGAACAUUAGGUAGUAAGACAAGCAAUGGAGAAAUUACCAGCAUACCAGAAACACCUACUCCAACAAGAAAGUUAGAUGUUGUUUGUGAAAAUCCAGUGAUAAUUAAUCCAAAUACAGGUAGAGUCAACAGCAUGAUAUACCUCCAGCACUUCCCUCAUAUGGCACAACAUUUUGUCCUUGAUCAUUGGAAAAAGUUUAAAGAAUAUGAUACAGAUAAUGAUUCAGCAUUAGAUCUUCUUGAGGUGACAAAAAUUUUGCAAAAUAUAGGAUGCCAGUAUACUCCAGAUCAAAUUGAGGAAGCAAUAGAAGAAGUAGACAGAGACAAUUCACAUACACUGGACUUCUUUGAAUAUUUGCUAGUGGUAGAUAAAAUCACCAAAAAAUCAGGAAAGGGUAAAUUAUUUCAAACUGGCCUAAAACAGAACCAGGAGGCAUCUAAGGCUUGUGUUAUUCAGUGACUUAAUAUUGAAAACCUGAUAAUUGGUUAAAAUUACUGAUACCAGUAUUGUGCUCAUAAGAUCUCAAAGAUAUCUGUGAUAAUACAUCUGUUUAGUUGAAUCUCAUUAUGUUAAACUCAGGUAGACAAGGAAGUUAACUCACAGUUUUACUGCAAAAUCAUAACCACCUUAUGGAUGUAUGGGUCUAGAACAUACUUUAGCAUAAGAAUUGUAAAUAUUUUGUGAGUUGUGGGGCUUCUGAAAAAGUGCAUUCAAAGGCACAUGAUUAUAAUAACCACUUCAAAAGUCAGGCUAGUAAGAACAUUUGCACCCCUCCAAAUUACUCUUGGUACUUUCCUACUUUACUGUGAUAUUUAGAAAUUUUUGUUAUUGAUCUUUUAAAGAUUUUAGUUAUAUAUAUCACCUGGAUAUACCUCUUUCUACAUAAUAUUUUAUGACAUUUGUACCACUCUGAGUGGGAGAAUAAAACUAUAUUUUAGAGAUUAGUGAACAGUGUAUUGAAUUUUAGUAAAAACUAUCAAAUAUUGAUGUAUUCCACUCAUAUUCAUUACUUUUCAUCAUGGAAUAACCAAGAUUGUUGAAAUAUUUGCUACUUCAUUAAGUCUCAGUAAGUCAGCAUAAAAAUUUAGCUUUUUUUUUUAUCUUUAAUUCAUAUUAGAAACAAAGCUAAUGAAACUAAUGCUUUAAACAUGGUAGCAUAAUGGAUGCCAAACAGGUCAUUACAUAACAUGUACUUUCAAUUUGAUACUGACAAAACUAUUAUUACUGUUUGAAUGCAUUUAUGGUCGAGGUAGUUUUCAUAGAGUAUGUUUUGUUUAAAUGUAUUUAGGAACCAGGUAGUUUUCAAAGAGCAUUUUUUGUUUGAAUGUAUUUAUGUACCGGGUAGUUUUCAUAGAGCAUGUUUUAUUUGAAUGUAUUUAUGUACCAGUUAGUUUUCAUAGAAUAUGUUUUGUUUGAACUUAUUUAUGUAUUUGGUAGUUUUCAUAGAGCAUGUAAGGCUGUGAAAAUGUUAUUUGUUUUGUUAAUAUUGUUUCAUUUUAUUGUAUAUAUAUUUAUAUUAAAAUAUUACAAGAUAGAA